UGCCCCUGCCUCCGCCCUCCGGCCCGGGCGGGGCUCCGGGUUUGAACAGCGCGGCGGGCCGCGCCUCUGAGUCGGGUCGGACCCGUAGGCGGGCAGUGCGGAGCAGGCAGUCGGCGGCGCGCGGCACCAUGUCCCCGGGCAGCGGGGUGAAGAGCGAGUACAUGAAGCGCUAUCGGGAGCCGCGCUGGGACGAAUACGCGCCGUGCUACCGCGAGCUGCUGCGCUACCGACUGGGCCGCCGGCUGCUGGAGCAGGCGCACGCGCCCUGGCUCUGGGACGCCUGGGGCCCGGACAGUCCCUCGGACAGCUCGGCUUCACCCAGUCCGGCCCCCAGGGGCGCGUUAGGGGAGCCCUCGGCGCCCUCCGCGCGGGAGGAGGAGCAGCCGGUGGGGGAGCGCGGCGCGGAGCUGCGGGACGCGGAGAAGCAGGACACAGUGCUACCAGCACCGCCAAAAAAGGACACAGAAGAGAAAACAGAAGAACACAGGACAAAAGAGACUGACAGGGCGCCCAGUGGCCCCGGCCCUCGACAACAGCCUAGUGCCUUAUGUGCCAGAGGAAGUAAGAAAGCCACCAGAAGCCCCCAAAGAUCGAUGAGCAAAAUAAAAGAGAACAAGCACCCGUUCGCUCUUUAUGGCUGGGGAGAGAGACAGAUGGACAUGGGGAGCCAGAAGACACACAACGUCUGUGCGUCGGCCUCUGUGCACGAGAUUCAUGAAUCAGCACUUCGAGCCAAGAAUAGAAGACAGGUGGAGAAAAGGAAGCUGGCUGCCCAGAGGCAGCGGGCUCACUCAGUGGAUGUGGAAAAGAACCAGAGGGUAAAGCCGUCAUCUGCAGAGAACCCGUGGCUGACAGAGUACAUGCGGUGCUACUCAGCGAGGGCGUAGAUCCUGGGGCAUCCUCUUUCGAGUGUUCAUUCAAGAAAAGGAAAACAAAAACUGGCAACUGAGACCACACACGAAUGGAAGAAACCGACUGGUCCUGCAAGGCCCCCCCUUAGGAAGUUCCAAGAGAUGGUUUUGCUUUCAUGAUGGUUGGUCACCUGCCUUAGUAGUGGGACAGACCAUGGAAGCCAUAGAUGGUGACUUGUUUAUGAAGUCCCCAAGUCUUGAUAUUCUUGUAAGAGUUUUAUUUUAAAGAUUUUAACCUUUGGAGAUACCCACACCGAGUGCCUUUCACCGGCUCUAGGCGCUUCCCACCCACCCCUCCUGUAGUCCAGUCAGAGCUGCCCUUUCCGAUCAGCUUCACAUUCCACAGUUGAUAGGGCCUCCUGUCCACUGUUUAGGACUCACCGUGCAGUUCGCCAUGCACGGAGCCGACACCCAGGAAAGCAGGCAUGGAGAUCCGGGCUGUUCCUGAUGAGCCAGAGCUUCAGGGGCUGUGGAACGAUUACAUGUGAUAGAUUCGUCUUCAUGCAGACUGUAAUAUUUAAGAAUUUUCUGGCCAGAGUAAGGGUCACCUUUUCUCCCUAAGUCAUCCCUUAGACGUUUAUUUAUUACAUAGUUUAAUAGUUCUGGUACAUUCCAGUGAGCAACAUGCAGAGCAUGUUUAAAGCAAUGAUGACAUUUCAUUUGAGUGACGUUCCUUUAACUGCAGGCAGCUGCUUAAGUCUGACCGCCAUUCCUCUCUUCUGGGAGAGAUAGCGGAUGAAGAUACUAAGAACAUGUAACCUGCAGUGACAUUUAAUGAACUUGGUUUGUUUGGCCUGUGGGGAUGGGACUGGCAGACACCAUUAGUGUGUCCUUGCCUGCAUUAUGCUUUCUCUUUUACAGAACUUAGUGACAGCGUCGGGCACAGUGCUGAUAGUCUAGGUUGGAAACCUGACUGCUUGAUCUCUGGCCAGGUGAUCUUUGCUGCCAUACUGUAAGAGAAUACAGUAGAGAAUAGGGCAGGUGCUGGCCUGAUGGUAACGUUCUUCCUUUAAUAGGGAACCACCGUCAGGGUUUAAAAGAAAGAAAAGGGUUUUAAAGAACGUAUGUUUCCAUGAGCUGGGUGCCUUGGCUACCCUGCAGAAGACUCCCAGAAGGAUAAACACCGUGUUCUUCCUGAGAGACAGGGACAUCUUUCGCCUGCACCCACUCAGCAUCUGAGCUUGCUGGGUAAAACCCAGUGUUGGGCGUGUGGCUGAGCAUUUCCAUGGUAUUUUUUACUUUGGGUUUUUGAGUAUGAUAAUUUCUAGAACGCAGUGAUUUUCAUUCCAUGUGAGAUUGUCACACGAUGUCAUCUGAAAACUGUAUCAAGCUUUGAAAAUGCCUACUAAAGAAUUUAUGAGUGUUUUUAAAAAACUUUUAAAAUACCUGCCUAGUUUUGUACAGUCCCUGUGUGCAGAGCCCUCCCUCUGAGGUGUAUAUUUAAUUAAAGAGUAAGCUCUACAU